UUUACAAUAAAACCUAAUGAUUUGGAACUAGUCAUUUUGUAUUCAAAUAGCAAAUCAAUUUUUAAAUACUGCCACAUGCUGGGCAUUUACAAGGUUUUGUUUUUAGUCAAUUAAAUAAAUAUAGGCCAUAGACAUGAGUUACUAAUUCGUACCUAUCACCUUUUAUACUUUACGUCACCAGAGAUUAUGCAGUGGAAUUGGAGGAAGUUGUCAAGGAGAACCUUUGUUUACUGUCAGCUAGAAAUUUUAUAUUAUUGAGACUGUCUUCAUACAGUUAUGGAUGAUAACCGCAAAAAGCAAAUUAAAGAAGCACACAGCACUCAAUCUACUAAUAAGCAGCCUGGUAAAGGACCUUUACAUGUAGUAAUUGUGCCUGCAUCCUUGACAGUGGGCCAACAACAAAAAUGUUUGUUGGAUAACAGAAUAAGUGAACCUGUGAUGACAUAUCCAUCAAAUUCAACUGCUACACAAACCAGGGAAAAACCUGUCCAUCUAAUUCUGAUGUCUGCACCUUCAACAGCAGAUCAACAGCUUUCUUGCGAAAGCAUUACCAAGCAAAGUGAAAGGAAGGUAUUGCUUCUACCUCAUUCUAUCAAGCAAACUGAAAAAGCUUCCUCACAGUCAGUCCUAAAAGAUCAGUCUACAAAGAAAGUUCACAUACUUACAGUCACAAAAGAUCGCAGGCUACCUGAUUGUAACACAGCAGGUGCUCAGUAUGUCAGUGGCACAUGUGAUGAUACUAGUGAUUCUCGUUCAGUUUUACAAGCUACAUCUUCAAAAGAUGAAGGACAAAAUAUUCCUACGACUAGUGCAGAAAAAGACUUGGAAAUAAGUCAGUCACUGCAUUCUUAUGUCAGCCAGUCUGAUGAAGCGUCCACAUAUUUGAGUGGGACGAGACUCUCAUCAGAGGCCCAACAAUGUGAAAAUAUGAAUGCGUCUAAAGACUCAAGACUAAAGGAAGAAUAUCUGUCUUAUCGUCCUGGUAGUUGCACCGGCAUGAUUCCUCCACAUCUAAUAGUAAUGACAGCAUCUACAAAAGAAAUUGACUACAGAAUUAAGGCGUUCUUAGCACGCAAACGGGCUGAACUUGAUGUACAGAAUGUAGAAGAAUAUUGUCUUCAUAUUGGAAUGAAUCCAAAUGUGUGUGCACGUGUUGAUGCAACAGUUCAUGAACACAGAAAGCGGAAGAAGAGAAAAUUUGAGUUUGCACCACAGCCUGAAGAAAAAGAGGAAGGUACACAAUUGAUGCCUAAGGAUGCAUCCCAAGAGAAACUUCAUCUAUCUGUUGCUCAUCCCAUCCUGGAAGAGCGAAUUGCUAAUGCUGAGGUACACUUAAAAUUGGGGAAACCAGUUCCUAAAGAUAUUUAUAGCCGUCUUAAAAGAAUUGAAGAUAGAAUUCUGCAACUUGAGGGAAUUUCUCCAGAAUACAGCUAUGAUGCAACAUUUAAUUUAAGUCUUCCAAGGCCUCUGCCCAAGAUAAAAAGGAGAUGUACUAUUGAUGAGCUAGAUGCUAAAAUAGCAGAGCUCCAAAAGAAGUUUGAAAAGAAACCUGAAACUUCAAGCCAGAAAGAGAUAGUGAAAUGAUAUUAAAUGGAAAUAACAAAUUGUACUGGUUUUUAUCUCAAACUUUUUGUAGAACAACUUUGUUUUUGUGUUGAAAGGAAUGGGAAUUUACGAGCAGUCAAGUACAAACAAUAUUGACAGUG